AUGUUUAGUGAAAAUGUACCCAUUGAACAGACUAAAGCAAACAUGAAUAGCAGCAACAACAACAUGAACACCAACACCACCACCACUGAUGUUCCCGAUUCCACCCUCAGCCAAUUGAUCGAACCCAUUGAACCCUAUUAUCAAGUACCAAAAUCCUGUGAACCCUAUUAUGAUGCUCCCAAACAUUUGAAACCCAUACCGGUCUAUGAAAAUAUUGAGAUUUUCUUUAAUGGCAAUGGCCUCGGCGGCGAAGAAUCCUCCACCCAUUUGGAACCUCCCAAAGAAAAACCACCACCACCACCCAUUGAAAGUCCACCACUAUUCGAUGAUGUCGACAGUAGCCAUACCACCGAUACUUAUUCAUCAUCGGAAAAUACGUAUGAAACACUGACCCGACAUCAACUCAAUCAUCAUCUACAAUAUCAGCAGCAGCAACAACAACAAUCGCAACCACUUCAUCCAGAUCAUCCUUCGCCUCCGAUGAAGCGCAUGAAUUCCACCAAGCGCAUUAAGAAAGAGCUACGCAAUAAACGUUCCAGUUUUUUGGGUAUCGAAGGCAGCUCAAUGGAUGAUGAUGAUUCGUAUUUGGAAUUGACGGUCGCGCCACCACCCGAUAUGGCCCAGUUGCUGCAGGAGGAGCGGCGCUUGGAGAAACAAAUGUACUUAAAGGCUGGAUUGUGUGACAGUUCGGAUACGGGCGAAAGUCGUGACUCGGGUGUAUCUGAAAAUCACUCCCGCCAGAGUAGUGAACACUAUACCAAUUCAUCGGAGGAAAAUGAACCACAUGAUGAUGAUGCAACAUCACCGCUAACCCUCCAGACCCCCAUCACUUUAGAUCCACCUACCAAUGAUAUGAUUUAUCAAAAUGAUGGUCUACUCACGGUGGCCCCCACACCACUGCUACAAACUGUGAAGGGUAAUUCCGCAGAAUCAUGGACAGAAUCAGCUACGGUGGCAGCAGCUGCCACCCAAUCGCUGACCGAAGCCACAGCUACGGCCAAUGCUAAAAUGCUUUCGAUCGAAGAGAAAAUUCGUGAACAGGAGGAGGUGUUACGCGUUGAACGUGAAUUGCUGCAAUUGGAACAGGAAGAGCUAAAGAGACAAAGAGAAAAUCUAAUGUUGCGUGAAAAUAUGGCCCGACGUGAGCUGCAACAUGGUGCCAAAAUGUUAAUGUCAGCAAAUCGUAGAUCUCUACAAGAUCUGAAUGGUUUGGGCGCCAUGACUGUGCCAUCGGGUGGUGGUAAUUUGAAUAUUGAACACAAUGGUUAUCAAAUGAAUGGCUAUCCGGGUCAUUUCAAUCAAACACAGGCCCAGUCACAGCAGACCAUCCCCUCCUCGUCGACACAUCAACAAAUUUAUGCUAAUAUUCCAAAUUUACAACAACAAUAUUACCAAAUGGAUACCGAUUAUCGUAAAUCGAUGUCGGAUAUAAAUGAAUUCUCCAAGCGUAUGAUGCAGCCACCACCGGUACCGCCCUCAAAACCCAUGAGGGCAAUGCAUAUAAAUACCAAUACCAAUAACAACAGCGCUACUAAUGGCAUGGUCCACAAUGGUGGUGGUGUUUUGGCCGUAGAUGCCACGGAUUAUGUAGCACGCCAAAGACACUCUCUGAAUUCUCAACAAUUUGGUGGAUCUUUGGUGAAGAUAGCACCCACAGCUGCUCCUCGUGGUGGAGCGCCACACAUCUAUUCCAAUUAUCAACAGCAGCAGCAACAACACCAUCAUCAUCAAUCGGAACAAAAUCUAAACACAGCCGUCAAUGGCCAACAGCUGCCACAGGCAACAGUCAAUCAAUCUCUAUAUCCCGGCAAUAUGUCACGUAAUACCCUGCAUGCUCUCAGUGCCACACCCAAACCCAAAUACACCGAUGGUUGGGUCCAAGUACAGCAACGCAAAUCGUAUGACAGUAAUUUGACCAAUGAUCCGGCCUGGAUGUCGGCCUAUCAGCAAAAACGGAAAUCAAUGCCAGAUGCCUAUCAUGGUCACAGCAAUAAUCAUUGGCUAGUCCAAGAAGCUGAACAACGGCGUUUGGUGGAACAGCAGCAACAGAGACGUGUGCAAUCAUCCUCCAAUACACCAACCCAUACCAGCAAUCCGGCUAAUAAGCUAACAAAUGGAACGGCCACUUCCAAUGGCAAACCCUUGCCGGAUUCCAUAAUACAAACCCUUACCGAAAGGGUGCAAAGCAAAGGCAUUGGGGAACGUAAACGCAAUAAUUUGGAUAAAAGUCCCUUGCAUGCUGCCUCUCAAUAUCAUCAAUACAACAGCAGCGGCAGCAGCAACCAGAAAGGAACUCAAAUCCCACAGUCAUCAAACACAUCCUCCUGCACCACCUCCACCAACACCACCCAUAACAAUUUAAUUACAACAGCAUCGACAACACACCGCCAUACCACAAUGACAUCAUCCUCAUCCAAUGGCCAGUUAAACCAAAUGACUAACUCCCAAAACCAGGAUAAGGUUUUGAGUGUCAGUGGCAAAAAGAAAUGCUCCCAUUGCGGCGACGAAUUAGGACGUGGAGCUGCCAUGAUUAUUGAAUCACUUUUGCUAUUUUAUCACAUUAAUUGUUUCAAAUGCUGUGUCUGCCAUGUCCAGCUGGGCGAUGGCCUAAACGGUACCGAUGUUCGGGUGCGCAAUCACAAAUUACAUUGUCAGAAUUGUUAUUCCAGUGAUGAUGGUAUCAAAUUCAGUUGUGUCUGAAACUAAACGAACAAAGACAAAAGAAAAAUAGC